UCGUGUCUUGUCUACCACUGGAUUGCCUAAUUUUCAAAAUCCUCAAUUCAAAGUUACAGUGGCCGAGUGGUUAAGGCGACACCCUGCUAUUAGCGGUUUAGGUGUUGGGUUUUACCUGCGCAGGUUCGAAUCCUGUCUGUGACGAUAUUUUUUUGAACUCCGCACCAAUUUUUGAUCUAAUCAACGAUUUCUCCAUCCACUCAUGAUUCAUUAAUUGAACCUAUUCCUCUUCCCAUCAUCUAACAAUUGUACGCUGUCAUGUCGCAAUCGUUGAUAAUAUUUCGGAGCUCCGGCAAGAUCGAGUAUCAGUACAACACCAAGACUAAUCCGUUCAACGAGUUCAUAUAUACCUUAGUGAAUGAAACCAGCAUUGAGUUGGAUGCCAACUUCUAUACCGCCAGUUUGCACCAAAAGCGGUUCUACUGCUACAAGAGAGAGUCUGUGUACGCAGCGCUUUAUUUCGAUGCCGUCACCACUCUUGAUGGUGACAAGGUCAAGAGCACAUUACAGGGCAUAUUGAAGACUUACAACAAGCUCCACGAAGACGAAGACGAAGAUGUGGAUAAGUUAAAGAAGUUGGUGGAGUUGCAGUUCAAUAAGCUCAUGAAGAUUAAACUGGCUGAGCCCACCAAGCCUAGAUCUGCCACUCCAAGUGGCGCAAGCACUCCCAUCCGUAAGCCAGGAACGCCGGUCCCCAAAACACCGUUAUCCAACAAGAAAAUGAGGAAGUGGGAUGGUGACCAGAUUUCGUCGGCCCUGGGAAAUUCCAAGACCCUCGACUACUCCGCUGCCGACGAUAGCAGCCACGCCGUGGGCGACACCAGCCAGUACUUGGCAGACGAUUCAGCCUUUGUCAAGGAAAAUGAGUUGGUGUUGGUCAACGAGUUGAACGACAUCUUGGGCGAAUCAGACGACGAAGAAGAGGAAGCUGAAACCUCUAGUAAAAAGGGCUUUUUGGGCAAAUUGACAUCAUACUUUGGAAGCAACAUAGAUGUGAACGAGGUGUCGAAGAAGUUCCAGGACCAAUUGGUGUCAAAAAAUAUUGCACCAAGCACUGCAAAGACCAUCAUAGAGAAGAUUCAAAAUAACUUCUCCUCCAAGAAGAAUGUCACCAUGCCAAUGUACAAGCAAGCGUUGACGGACGAAUUGACCAAGAUCUUGACCCCUAAUGUUUCCACAGACUUGCUCUACGACAUAAAGCGGAAUUCUGGCUCCUCAAAUAGAGCAUAUGUCAUUUCAGUGGUGGGUGUCAAUGGGGUUGGUAAGUCUACUAAUUUGGCCAAAUUAGCAUUUUGGUUCUUGCAGAAUAACAUGAGUGUGUUGAUCUGUGCCUGUGACACCUUCAGAUCUGGUGCUGUCGAGCAGUUAAAGGUGCAUGUCAACAACUUGAAGAACUUGACGUCGUCGGAUGCCUCGUCCAAGAUCGAUAUCUUCGAGAAGGGGUACGGGAGUGGAGACCAUGUGGUGGCCACCGCCAAGCUGGCGAUCCAACAUGCCACUGAACAGCAGUACGAUAUCGUGUUGAUCGAUACUGCUGGAAGAACGCACUCGAACGCCAAACUCAUGGCUCCGUUGAAGAAGUUUGGUGAUGCAGCUAACCCCGACAAGAUUAUAAUGGUUGGUGAGGCAUUGGUGGGAACCGACUCGGUGGAGCAAGCUAUCAAUUUCAACAAUGCAUUUGGAAACAGGAGAAGCUUGGACUUCUUCAUCAUCUCCAAGGUGGAUACUGUGGGAGACUUGGUGGGGACCAUGAUCAACAUGGUGAUGGCAACCAAGGUUCCGAUAUUGUUUGUGGGUACGGGCCAGACUUACACAGACAUCAAGAGGCUAAGUGUGAACCGGGUGGUGGAGAUGUUGAUGAGCUAGCUGGGUGGAAUCUGUAUAAAUAGAGUGAAUGUACGAGUAGCGAGGACGUUUGUA